CUUAAUUGUGCUGCGAGUAGUAGGUCGGAGUGGUUUGGAACGAAAUUUGUGUACCCACUUUCCGUUCGUAGCAACGAGGGAGAACAAGAGCAUCUUUUAUCCAUGAUAUGAAAGUAAUUGAAGCAAAUUGAAAUCUGCGUGGUUGCUAUUGUUGAAUCUCGUCCUCAGAAGUGGAGAGAUUUUCUUAGGUCUUCCAGGUUUGAUUCUGAAGCAAUGUCUUCCUACGAUAAUGUUGUGGGUGGGAAGUUGAAGCUUAAAGGGAAAGCUCUUGAUGUGAAAGUAGGUGGGGUGAAGAAGAAAAAGAAACUUAAAAAGCAUCAAGAUCAAGCAUCUCGAGAACUGGAAAACGAGCAUCCGGCAGGCGGGAGUGCUGCAAGUGGUGAAAUACCCGAUGAUGCGAACGAGGAGGAAGAAAUAGAUGAGGCGAACAAGUCAACGGAGGAUGGAAAGGUUCCUCAUUACGAUGACCAUCUAACACCAGCGGAAAAACGUUACAUCGAACAGAAGGAGAGAAUUGAUGUUCAUAGACUGGCGAAGAAAGCAAAUAAAUCACAUCGUGACCGGAUCCAGGACUUCAAUCAAUAUCUGGCGAACAUGAGUGAGCAUUAUGACAUUCCCAAAGUUGGUCCCGGCUGAUCCAUCCCUUCUUUAUUUUGGAUUUCGUGGUCACUCUGGAUUGCUUGCUUGCUGAUAUGCCAGGCUAUAUUGUGUUAUUGUUAACGGAAGGAACAAACCCAAACCCAAACCCAAACCCAAACCCUUUUUAUUUGUGGAUGCUGUCUACUUUGUUGUUCUUAUGAAUAUGGAUAUUGAGACUUCAGUUUGAAAUCUGCAUCUUUACUGCUUUCCUCUCA